UUGUGGUAGUUUGCUCUAACAGGAAGGAAUAAAGUGCAGAAGGAAGCAAGCAGCGAGCAGUCAAGAGGUCUCCGUAAGCCUGUCGCCGGUGAAGCGGUGUGUGGGUUGGGUUUGAAGGAGAGAAGAAUGCCAUUCAUAUCGAGAAUACAGCGGCAAUCCGAUUACAAUCUCUUCUCCUCCUCCACUCCCAUUGUUAUCGACAAUGGCUCUUCUUAUUUCCGCAUUGGAUGGGCAGGAGAGACCGAUCCUCGUGUUGUUUUCCGCAACAUUGUACAGAGACCCCGCCAUAAAGCCACCGGUGAAACAGUGUCUAUAGUUGGUGACCAUGAUCCUGCACUGAUGAAAUACUUUGAUUGCACUCGCUCAGGACCUCGCUCAGCUUUUGACAGCAAUGUUGUUUAUCAGUUUGAAAUAAUGGAAUAUAUUUUUGACUUUGCCUUUGACCGGUUGGGUGCAAAUGGAUCAGAGAUUGAUCAUCCAGUCCUGAUUACUGAAUGUGUAUGCAACCCAGUCCAAUCUCGUAGUAAGAUGGCUGAACUUCUAUUUGAGACCUAUGGAGUUCCAUCAAUAGCAUAUGGUGUUGAUGCUGCAUUCAGUUAUAAAUAUAAUGAACAGCACGGAGUUUGUGAUAGAGAUGGUCUUGCAAUCUGCCCUGGAUUUACUGCAACACAUGUUAUUCCAUUUAUUGAUGGUGAGCCUGUUUACAGAGGAUGCUGCAGAACUAAUAUUGGAGGAUACCACGUCACUGACUAUCUGAAGCAACUUCUUUCACUUAAAUAUCCCCAUCACAUGGCUAGGUUUACAUGGGAGAAGGUAGAGGACCUGAAAAUGGAGCAUUGUUAUAUUGCACCAGAUUAUGUUUCAGAAGCUCAAUUGUUUCAGAAAGGGGCCAAGGAAGCUGAAGAUAAAACCAGGUGUUGGCAGCUCCCAUGGAUUCCACCACCAGCUGAGGAGCGACCUUCAGAAGAAGAGAUUGCAAGAAAAGCAGCCAUAAAGGAGAAACAAGGUCAGCGACUGCGAGAUAUGGCUGAGGCGAAGAGACAAUCUAGGAUAAAUGAACUAGACAAUGAAUUGAGAGGCUUGGAAUUUCUUCUAACUCAGCUUGAAAAAGUGGAAGAAUGUGACGAAGCUAGUUUCCUGUCAAAGACUGGCUAUAUCUCAAAACAAGAAAUAGAAUCUGCGCUGAUGAAGGUAACACAAUCCUUACGAAAAGCAAAAGGUGAACCAAAGGGUGACCAAGCUGAGAUUGAUGAGAAGACAGAUCUUUCUGCAAAUGAAAAGUUUCCGCUUAUUAAUGUGCCUGACAACUUGCUCACUCCAGAUCAGGUCAAGGAAAAGAAAAGGCAGUUGUUUCUUAAGACCACAUCUGAAGGCCGGCAGCGAGCUAGACAGAAGCGCCAUGAAGAGGAACUAGAGCGGGAAAGGAGAAAUCAGCUUGAUGAAGUUAAACGCUUAGAAAAUCCAGAACUUUAUCGUGAGGGGUUGCAUGCUAAAUACAAGGAACUUUUUGAGAAAAUUGAACAGAGAAAACGACUUAAGACAAAUGGUGGCCACACAAAUGGAAAUAACUUGUCUGGAGGUGUUGGUCGUGGGGAGAGAUUGAAUGCUGCCCAAAGAGAAAGGAUGCGCCUUUUAACAACGGCUGCCUUUGAUCGUGGUAAAGGUGAAGAUACUUUUGGUGCAAGAGAUGAAGAUUGGCAGCUAUACAAACUGAUGAGCAAAGAUAAUGAUGAUGAUGAUGAUGGACCAGAUGAGGAUGAAGCAGAACUGACCCGCAUCUCAUCCAGGCUUCAGGAAGUAGACCCAACUUUUGUUCCCAAGCCAGAAAUUGGAACAUUGCAGUCCACUGAAAUGCCGCGGCUUCGUCCUCUCACUAAGGAAGAUUUUCAGGUUGUUUUUGGGGUUGAACGGUUCCGAUGCCCUGAAAUUUUAUUCCAUCCCAACUGGAUUGGGAUCGAUCAAGCAGGGUUGGAUGAGAUGGCCGGGGUUUCCAUAAGGAGAUUGCCAUCCAGGGGCCAGAGCGUGGAGGAGCGACUGACAAAUUCAAUACUUAUGACUGGUGGGAGUAGUCUCUUUCCUGGUAUGAGCGAGCGCUUGGAAGCUGGAAUCCGGAUGAUUAGGCCUUGUGGUUCACCCAUAAGGGUGGCGAGAGCAAUGGAUCCAAUUCUUGAUGCAUGGCGUGGUGCUGCUGCUUAUGCUGCUGCCCCCUUGUUCUCCACACAAACUUUUAGUAGGAUGGACUAUGAAGAGAAGGGCGAAGAUUGGCUACGCAGAUAUCAAUUACGAUAUACAUUAUAAUUUGUUUGCUGGAUAAGUUUAUUCCAUACUAUCUUACACUUCAGAUGGUUAAAAAAAUCAACUAUUAGAAAACAAACCGUUAGCUGGUGUUUUAGUUUGGUGCAUAUAGGAAAUUUUCAUUCAAACUUUUGCAUUGGGCACUUCAUUGUUGGUACAGAUGGAUAACAUUUUAAAAUGCAGGGUUCUCAUUUUUUUUUU